AUGGAAAUGUACUAUCAACACUGUUAUGAUCCUCAAAUGAAUAGAUAUGACUCCUAUUCUAGCCAUUACAAUUCACAAAGGCAGGAGUAUUCUCAUACUUUCUAUGGUGGAAAUCAAUAUGUUGAGCCAAAUUACUACUCUCAAUCAGAAUAUAAUGAGUUCACCCCCACAAUAUUCAGAUCCAUCAAUUGGAGAUCUCAUCAAUCCAUUGGAUGCCAGCACUCUCCAACUUCAACAGAUGUCAGAGCAGGCUUAUGUGCCUUUUCCUCAACAACCUCCUACAGGAAUGUCACAAGAUCAGGAGCCAUUAAUUUCAGAUAUGCUAACAAAUUGUUGGCUUCAACUAUGCAGACCCAAGUUAUUCUUCAGAGUACAGAAGUGUCCCUCAAGAAUUUGGAGAGUACUAUGGGAAAAAUUGUUACAUCAUUGAAUAAUCUUGAGGUUGAGAAUAUUGGAGAAUUACCCACAGAAUUAGAGAGUAAUCCAAUAGAGAAUGAUGGUACCCUAACUCUUCAAAGUGGUCCACAACUUGAAAUGCCACCUCAUCCAGAGAUAACAUUUGAUCCAAUUCCAACUCAAGAAGUCAACAAUUCAACCCCAGAAUCAUUUUCUCCACCGGAGAUCGAAACUUUCACGUCAGUUGGUCCAUCACCACAGAACAUGCUACACAAACCAACUGUCAGAUCCUAUGUCCCUAUUCCUCCUUUUCCGAAUAGAUUGACAAAAUUUAAGAAUGAGGAGGAAAAUAAGGUGAUCCUUAAAAUCAAUAUUUCGCUCCAUCCAACCAUUAAGCAAGUACCACCAUAUGCUAAGCUUCCUAAGGAGUUGUCCACAAAUAAAAGGAAGUUGAAAGGUGAUAAAAAGAUAAGUGUGGGGGAGAAUGUUUCUGUUAUUCUUCAAAGGAAGUUGCUACCCAAGUGUCAUGACCUUGGGAUGUUUAUAAAUCCAUUCUCUAUAAGUAAAAGUAGGUUUGAUCAUUGUAUGAUAGAUUUAGGAGCACCUAUUGAUGUUAUUUCUUCUUCUAUAUUUGCUUCUUUAGAUCUAGGGUUAUUAAAAGAAACUAGUGUUAUUAUUCGAUUGGCUAAUUGCACUAAUGCUUAUCCACUAGGGGUAGUUGAAGAUGCUUGGGUGCAGGUUCAAUUUGGUAGCCCAUUCCUACUGAUUACAAGUACAAAGAUGGAUGUCAAAGCAUGGGUACUUACAAUAGAAUUUGAUGGUGAAGUUAUACAGUUUGAUAAGUUUAAUUCUAUUGAUAAGUACAAGAGGAAGAAUGUUCUGUUAAAUGACCCACCAUAA